GGACCACCACGAGGCUAUUCAGAGUGCCUAAGGUAUCUAGAUAUUAUGCAAGAUACAGCAGGGCAGUGUGUUUACCAACCUGAAAAAGAAUCGGUGCGGCACUAACCCAUACGGCUUGCAUCUCCAGUGGCGCUUUUCUGCAUAAUUACGCCAUUUUUAUCUUGCUUUUCUUAUGGAUUAUACCAUUGGGCAAAUGGCAACUCGGAGAUAUGCAACGAUAGUUUGACGCCGGUCAAGUGAUGAGGAUCAUCUUUAUGGGAACUUCUCAAACCCAAUGAAGACUUUGUACACCCCCACAGCGUCACUUCAUUCUCUCUGAUAUCCAAUUUCCCUUUAUGAUACCAUUAGAUGCCUAGAUACCUAGGUGAUGAAACUAUGGAAAAGUCGGUGUGGUUGGGGAGGGAUGCUUGACUGAUCAAUCUAUGAUAUUAUGAUAUGAGAAUAAUAUAAUUAUCAUGGUCUGCCCUAGCUUUAGAUUACCCUUUGAGAUAUCUACGUAAGCUACAGGUUUACCAAUCUAAACUAUUUCAACGCAGACAUGUUUUCGAUAUAUUCCCCAUUGUGCUCUAUUUGUCUCACUUUGGUUUGCUUGGCUGUCCCCUUAGCCUUUCUUAUUCGACGUUCCAUAUCCCGUCCACAGGUUCACCAAUGCCAUGACCAUCAAAUAGUAGCGGCCUCAAUAAAGCUUUCACACGCUACUGAAAGUCCCUUUGAUACCGCCAUGGACAGAACCGAUCCUGGUAUUUAUACAGCAAAACAGAUCGCGGACUUCGUCCUGUCUCUGUCGGAACUUACCGACGAAGAAACCGAUAAUGCUCAACGUCUGGCUCGGAACCAUGGUAUCAUGGACAAUUGGUCGGUCCAGAAGGGUGUCCAGAACUUUGAAGAGAUCUAUUCGUUCAAUUGUGUUCUUUCCAUCGCGCACUUCUACAACGUCCUCCCUCGUCUUAAAGACGAGGAGAUUUCUAAUACUUAUGAAAAUUGCGUCCGUGCCAUCAACUCCCUUACUUAUUUCCUUCGAACACCAUGGGAUAAGACCAGCAGACUCCCAGGCCCGGUGAAAUUGUCAAAAUCUGAACGGUUCAAAUUGGACCGUGUUUGGGAUAUCUGUGUUUGUUUACUAGGCGCUAUCAAGGCCCGUUCUGGGUUCCAACGGCGGAUCCGUGUUGGCGAUAUACCAAUUGCCCAUGAUAUUCACUACCGAAGGGCCGCCAAGUUCGCGUUAGACUGGACCAACCGAAAAGGAAAAGGGCGAAUAUGUCAAAAGGCUUUGAAGUUUCUUAUACGAGAGGAAAUCGAACCUUUCGUCCAACCAAUUCGCUUGAUCGAUGCGCUCAAGUACACAGAGGAUAUUCAGGAUCCUAACAAUCGUUUCAGUCAUCAAGCUUGCAUAGAGGAUAAAUGCCAAUUCGAUACUGCUCCCAUGUACGAAGAAUAUCACAUCCCGGGCUGCUCCAGAUCGUGCGGGAAGUCAAAGCCUCCACCAAACAGCGAAGGCGACUUCAUAGCUAUAUCUAACCGUGGCAUGCCUGCGGUGAGCAUCUCCAAUCCAAAAAAAUGGUGGGUAGAAGCCGGCGACAAGACACUAGUUGUGUCUCAUGUUUGGAGGGAUGGCAUAUGGGGUACAAGAGACCGUGGGAUAAACAAGUGUGUCCAUGACCACCUUGUUAAAAUCGCCGGGGAGAACGAUUGUACUAGUUAUUGGAUAGACUGUGCCACAAUUCCGGAAGAUCCAACGAUACGAAAGAAGAUGAUUAUGAGAAUCAACCAGACAUUCAUGCAGGCACAUCUUGUGCUUUGCUGGGAUAGAGGCCUUGCCACCUUAGAUUCGGAUAUCGAAACAACGUUAUUGUCUCUGAUCGUCUCCCCUUGGCAUCGGCGAGCGUGGACCCUCCUUGAAGCCAAUAGGGGCCGGCAAAAUAAGAUAACAUUUCUCCAAUGGACGAGCGAGGAUGGUUCAUAUGAACUCUUCCAUCUAAGCAGGGUACUUGACGACGUUUUCGAUCAACCCCAUAUUCCACUAUGGAUUCGGUCGACAUUAGUUGAGCUUCUGCCGUAUAGUGAUACUCCACUGCCGGUGGAUGCAGCGGGAUUACUGCUAUCCGGACGUCAUGCUAGUCGACCUGGUGACUCUGAAUCAAUUUGGGGUCUACUUCGUCCUAUUGAAGCAAUUGACAGAGCUGACCAAUUCGAUUAUGAUGAUCCGUACAUGUAUGCUAAGAAGGUUGACGUUGCAUUCAUUAGCUCUAAUGCGACCCGGUUCAAACCCUAUGAUGGCCCAGGGUCCUGGAGGCCCGGCAAAACCAAUGCCAGCUCUUGGGUCCGCACAGCGUAUGGUGGUAUCAAAGGCGAGGUUAUUACUUUCAACAAGGAUAAGAAGAUUCUGGUGUGCAAGUGGUGGGCAAAGACUCAAAUCGAAAAUUGGAAAUCCAUUAACUGGGAAUCAGCGGGUCCCGAAGUCAAGCGGCUACAGCAUGAGAAAGUCGAUCAUUUUGCGCUCAUCUGCCCGAUUUUGAAGGGGGAUCCGAUAGAAGUGCCCAGGGGAGAAUGGGCAUCACCACCAGUGAAGGGCUUUUUCCGAACUAGUAUUGCCAUGGAGUGUAAUCGGGCAAUCUUGAUUACGCAAGGAACGGGACAAAAGGAUGACAUCUGGCAUUGGGAGGGUCUUGUGGAAAUGAAGGAGGGACACUCUUUGAUCUUCAAACCAGGAGAGAACGAGGUUUUCAAAAUUGGCAGGACUUAGAAUGUACAUUGCCAGUGUUGAUAAGGUAUUACGGCGUUUGUUGUGCCGUUGGUUUUCAUACCUACCUGGUAGGUACCCUAGGUAGUCUUUCGUUAUUUCAGUAGGCUAGCUACUCACGUAAUUAACUAAGUAGGUAAAGCAACACUCAAGGAACCAUCCCACAUAUACAGGUAGACUCGAUCACCCCUGGCAUCGCUCAGUCCCCAGGGUGUGCCAACUUCCAUUUUCCUCGUUGCGAACCUAAGAGCGUAAUAAGUGGCUUUAAGGCCACGGAGAGUCAGUAAUGCGUCCUAAGCACCAGCGGACAACUGAGAUCCUGCAAACCCCACGCCGUGAGCAGCCAUGAAUGAUGAUGGAAGCCACUGGAAUCCUGGGACUUCCGAUUUAUUGCCACUAAGAAAAAUAACAUUGCUUGGCAUCUAACCCAACUCCUAUAUGAGCCGUAUCUGUCAGGAUUCUAGAUGAGACAUCUAGAACAAAGGACAUGUUCAGUAUGUAUAGACAUAGAUCCACGUAGCUAGGUUAGAGUUCCUCGCGGAACAACGAAGUUGUUACC